AUGUCGCAUCACCACGAAAACGUCACUAUCGAGACGCUCCCAGAGAUUCUCAAACAUGACAAUAAGGUGAAGCUCGCCGGCAUCGAUGUCGAUGGCAUGCUGCGCGGCAAGCUAGUGUCCAAGAACAAGUUCUUGUCCAUCGCGAAGUCGGGCUUUGGCUUUUGUUCCGUCAUCUUUGGCUGGGAUAUGCACGAUAUGACGUACAUUCGGGAGCUCAAGAUCAGCAACGCGGAGAACGGCUAUCACGACCUGAUUGCGAUUCCUGAUCUUUCCAGCUUCCGGCGCAUUCCUUGGGAAGAUAACGUGCCCUUCUUCCUCGUCAGCUUCUACGACCCAGACACUGAGAAACCCAUUUGUGCGUGCCCCCGUGGCCUGCUGAAGGGGGCGCUGGAGAAGCUGCAAGCCAAGGGCUACGGUGCCAUGGCGGGAGCCGAGUACGAAUUCUACCAGUUUAAGACGCCCACCCGCUCUUCCGAGUCCUCGAGCUCCACAGCCGGAUACCUACAAGAGAACCCUCCCCAGGCUUUGCCGUCUUUGACCGAGGGCAUGUUUGGGUACAGCUUGACCAGAACAGUACACAAUAAGGACUACUUCUACGAUGUCUUUGAGAGCUGCGCCCAGUUUAAGUGCGAUAUCGAGGGAUGGCAUACCGAGAGUGGCCCUGGUGUGUUCGAGGCAGCGCUUGAAUUUGGCGAGAUCCAGCAGAUGGCGGACAGAGCCAGCUUGUUCAAAUACGUUGUCAAAUCCGUCGCGACCAAGUACGGCAUCACCCCGUGCUUCAUGGCGAAGCCGAAGCAAGGCUUGCCUGGAAACAGCGGUCAUAUGCAUGUUUCCAUCGUUGAUAAGUACGGCAAGAACCUUUUCGCCAGAGAGACCACAGACGAGAACCCGCCUUACCCUGAUGUGGCCGGACUUUCUGACCUUGGUCGCCACUUCCUUGCCGGUCUCCUGGAGGGUCUUCCAGACAUCAUGCCUCUCCUGGCCCCUACAAUCAACUCGUACAAGCGGCUAGUCGAGAACUUCUGGGCGCCAGUAACCGUCUCAUGGGGCCUGGAGCACCGCGCCGCGUCGAUCCGUCUUAUCGCUCCACCAACAUCCAAACCCGGCGCGACUCGCUUCGAAGUUCGUGUUCCCGGAGCUGACACUAAUCCUCACUUUGUUCUGGCUGCUAUUCUUGCGCUUGGAUGGCGAGGCAUUGAGAAGAAGCUGGAGAUCCCGUGCCCGCCACUGGGCAAGGGCGAGGAAAUCGGUGGCAAGAGCGAUCAGGGCACCAGACUCGCCAAGAGUCUGCGUGAGGCGAAUGACCGAUUCACCCGCAAGGAGAGCAUAGCAAGAGAGGUGUUUGGUGACGACUUCGUAGACCACUUUGGAGGAACGAGAGACCACGAAAUUCGCCUUUGGGAGGAGGCUGUGACAGACUGGGAAGUGAAGCGGUACAUCGAAACUGUAUAA